AUGGGAGAGCACAGUGACAAGGACAAGGAGGUGAUGGAGCGGGCAUGGAACCUGGCAGCCAGAAAUCUGGUGGAGAGACGCCGGGAUCAGCUCGCUUUGGGCGCGAUGAUCCAAGGCGUGCCACCGGAGAUGCAUUCCAUGCUCCUAAACAAGAAGUCAGUAAAGGAGGCAUGGGAGGCAAUCAAGUCGAUUCGUCUUGGUGCAGAACGUGUCAAGGAGGUGAAUGCACAGAAGCUGUUGGCGGAGUUCGAGUCGAUUGCAUUCAAGAUGGGUGAGACGAUCGAUGACUUUGCCAUCCGCAUCACCAGGGUCGGCACCGAUCUGCAUGGUCUUGGUGAGGAGAGCGUGGAUGACAAGCGUGUUGUGAAGAAUUUUCUUCGAGUUGUGCCACCACGCUACAACCAGGUGGUGGUCACAAUCGAGAUGUUUUGCGACAUGAAGAAGAUGCCCAUUGAGGAGCUUGUGGGUCGCUUGCGUGCGGCCGAAGAUCGGUUCGAGCCCUCAGUGGAGCAGGUGAUAGACAAGGCCAGUCGACUCCUAUUGACGGAGGAGUGGGUGGCUAGAAUCAAGAGCCACAUGGUGUCAGACUCAUCAACGUCGUUUGGUGCAAAGGGCGGUGGGCACUAUGCCAAGAAGGAGAAGUCCAGGGCAUGUGGCGGCGGCGGCGGUGGCGAUGCACGCGACUCUGACAGAAGGAUCAUCUAA